AUCAUAAAUAUUAGCCUCUGUUUCCAGACCUAUUAUUAAAUGCUGCGGCUGCAAAGCCCACCCACCUCCCACAAAAAACACUCCCCUAAUCUUUUCACCAGUCCCUCUCUGUAAAUGGAGCCUCCAUCACCUUCAAAUGUCCUCUCCAACUUCUUCUUCACCACCCAAUUAUCUAACAAAUCUUGGACUCGGCUAUUCCAUUGCCAUUGCUCUUGGUUUCUUUGUCCUACUUUCUACCAUUUUUCUUGCUUCUUACAUCUGUUGCCGUUAUUCUCGGCAUCGUAAUUCUAACCCUCAAAGCAAUAAUCCAAAUACCACCCACAACAACCCUAACUCUGAUGGAAUCAUUCUCCCUCGUGUAUUUUUCGUCGCUGAAGAUGAUGACGACCAAGACCAAAACCAAGAUGAUAAUGAUAACUUAGUUGUUGGGUUAGGCCAAUCUGUCAUCAACUCAUAUCCCAAGUUUCAGUUCACGAAAGAUAAUAUUUCCGGCGGUGGUUUUGAUAGUAAUAAUACGACUUGUUCAAUCUGUCUUUGUGAGUACAAAGAUUAUGAGAUGUUAAGAAUGAUGCCCGAGUGUCGACACUUUUUUCAUCUCGGUUGCGUUGAUGCUUGGCUAAAGCUUAAUGGGUCGUGUCCCGUUUGUAGAAACUCACCGUUGCCGACCCCGCUUUCUACGCCGUUACAAGAGGUGGUGCCGUUGGCUCAAUACGCCGCGGAUCGCAGGAGGAGUUGAUAUGGGUUUCGUUUGGUUGGUGUGUUUGGGCGUGGCUUGGAUGAUUGUUAAAAAUCUGAUUUUGUUUUAUUUUUUUCAAAAGGAGCUGGUAAUAUUGGUUAGAUAUUUAGAGUAAAAAGGAAAUGACUGAUCUGAUUGAUGCUUUUAUGUUCGACAGAAUUGAUAAUCAACUGAGUAAAAUUUAUCAUCUGAUUUUUUA